UAUCAGCAGCAUCGAUGUUACAAAGAAAAUUAACAUGAAAUUUGUUAAAAUACACUGCUAAUCUAAAUAAUACUCUGCAGCAAUUAUAACAAUUGCACUGAGCACAAGCACACUUUGGGGGGGUCGCGCACACGUUCUGCCGCACCGAGAAAAUGCAUGCUGCAUCAAUGACGUCGGUGGAGGUGCUGUUGCACGAAUUUUAUCAACCGACAACGAGCAAUGCGCGCAAACGUGAAAUCGAAACGAAUCUGCUGGCGUUCAAGUCGCAACCAGAAGCAUGGCAGUUGUGCUUGCGCGUGGCGUCCAGCAACAGUUUUGCCGAGAAUCAAUUCCUUUGGUUCUUUAGUACCUCGACGCUGGAGCACACCAUCAUCCGGCGCUGGGCACAUUUGACGGCCGCAGAUCGCACGAUGUUACGUGAAACGCUAUGGAACACCUACGCACAAUUGGGGGCAGCGGCGAACGGUGCGCGACGACAUCGCGACACAUUAGCACAGUUGAUCGCACUGAUGGGAAAACGUGAGUUUCCCGAACAGGAUCCCAAUUAUGUGCAACAUUGCAUUGAGUUGACCAAAACCCGGUUCGCUCUGGGUAUUAAUCUGCUUCGUAUUACGUCCGAGGAGGUGGUUAGCAAUCGGGGCGAUUUAACCACCGAAUGGAAACAGUACUUCUAUUCCUGCAUUACCAUGUGUAUACCCGAUGUCAUGGACUUAGUCACCAAAUAUUUACUAAUCUCCGUUUGUCAUAUCAAUGGUAAAGACAUACAUACGACCAUACCAAACACUCUCAUGGAUUUUAGUCUAACCUCAGCGCUGCCAAAUGACAAUCAACUAAGUUCCUCUAUACUGGAGCUGCUCAGCUGCGUGCAGCAUUUAGUCUCCUGGAUACGCACCGACCUGAUCUCGGAGUAUUUCCUAAUGAGUAUACUUGAUCUAUCGCAAUGGCGUCCAGCCCACGAACCCAUUUCAUUGGGCGCCCUCUCGGUGCUAAAUGAGCUGCUGUAUCUUCAAAAGCCCCUACCAUAUGCGGGUACUCUCAUGACGGGUGUCAGCGGACUGCUGGAACAGCACAAUACCACUAAACAGCAGAGUGAAAUGUAUAGCGAUAAAUUUCGAGAGCUGCUGCGUCUCUAUACCACGAAGUAUGCUGGCAAGCUCCUGUUAGAGCCUGAACUGCUCGAGUCAUUUCUCAAAUCGCUCUAUGAUUGCACCAUUGAAAAGCAUGGCGCUUUAGACUUUACUGAGAAACUGGACAUUUGGGUGCCCAUUAUUAAAGGUAUAGCUCAGCAGGGUGGCAAGAUGACGCGUAAUCAUAAUGUUUUACUGCAACUUGUAGCCGAGAUAAUGCGUCGCACACAAUUUGAACAUAAUAAAUCAGAGCUGGAGCUCCUGGAUAACGAGCUCAUGGAGGAUAAUUCACCCACUGAAUGGCAACAAUAUGUGGACCAAUGUUUCGAGUGCUUAGCACUUUUGGCCAGUACACGUGGUGCCAAUGUCGUCUUCGCGCAAGUUUUUGGCCACUGGUCCCGCCCUCAUCUCUAUUUGCUAUCCAUUGAGCAUGCGCUUGACCAUGAGCGUCCGAUGGAGGUGGCGCGUAAAUUAAAAUGUGCCAGUUUUGGUGAGCACUUGCGUGAUUUUGCGACAGUGUGCCAGGCUGUGGUCAGAUUAGCGCCUUUAAUGGAUCCUAGUGCUAUGUCGCCCGAGGAUAGCAGGGAGGUGGAGUGCCAGAUGCAAAUGCUGACGGAUAGUCUAUUGCAGACGCUCCAGCUGUUGGCUAACAAUAAAAUCAAUAGCUUCGAUGUGGACAAGACGAGCUUUCAGACUGAUUUAGAUAACCUUUACGCUCAAGUUUUGCUGGCCAUACGUAGCAUCUUUCCGCUGUCGAAAACGCUCAAUAGCGACGAGCUGCUGCAUCGUCUCUUUGCCAUGCUGGGCAGCAUAUUUGUGUGCAACAAUGCCCUAGUCGUUGUUUCGCCAAUUGUGCAGCAAGCGGCCAGCGAGCUGCUGCUCUUUAUAUCGACUGUGAUACGGCCCAAGUGUCUGCUUGAGAUAGCGCAAAUCCAAAGUCUGUUGCAGGCAGGCCCACGCCUGGGCACGCAGCUGCCUCGUCAGGUGAGCAUCAACAUACAGAUCAGCUUGGUGAGCUAUAUGGUGUUGCCGUGGAAGUGUGUGCCAGAGGCGCAACAGGACUACCAGCGACGGCUGUGGAUGCUGCGGGAAUAUAUCGAUGGCUUGGCGCAGCAUUUUCUCGAGCUGGAUUUGGCGCUAGCAGGAGAGACUAAAGUGGCGGCUACUACUCUCAGUUUGUUGGGUACAUUCACGGCAUUGAUUGAGUACUUCAAGGCAUCAAGUGGCAAUGCCAAGGACAUGCUGGCCAGCACAUUCAAGCCCAUACUAACUAAGGCGCUGGUGAUCUUUAAUACCUAUGGCCUGAGCAGCAUUGCCAUGGCCAUCACAGUGGCUGAAUUCAGUCUGAGCAUGCUCCGCACACUGCCCACACAUCUGGGCGCACAGUUUAUUAAGGAAAUGAUAACUUUAUUCAUCAAUGUUAGCAGCAGGGAACAAUUGACGUUGAGUCGCUUGGCAGUCAUGGAGAAGGUGCUGCAAAUGUUUCAGCUGAUUGUCGAACAGCCGGGAAGUGUUUCAUUGGGUCUGUUGCCCUCGAUACUGGACUUUAGCGCGCAACAGAUUCUGCCGUUGCUGCAACAACAGCAUGUGGCAACGGACAGUAGCGAGAUCAUUAGUCUCCUCUAUGCGCUCUUCGACAGCGUGCUCACCUGUAAGUGGCAAUUUUUCUAUAAGAAUCAACUGACGAAUGGUCAUAACGGCGGCGGCAGUAAUGGCUUGCACAAUUUUAACUGCAGCGACAAUUUGCACCCGGAACACUUUAUGGCCAUAUUCAAUGCCUAUGGGCAAAUGCUUGUUAGUGGAACAGAUCCUAGCAAUGUGCGCAGUGUGCUACUCUCCAUGCAGAAUGUGAACGAGCGUAGCCGUCUGUAUCAGCGGGCCCUGUUCAAGGAGCAGUUGUUGGGAUCCUUUCAGCGUGCGCUGCUUAAUUUACUACUGACUGGGGAGGGAGCGUUGCAUUUCGAUUUGAUUGCCCAGGCCCUGUAUGCGAUGGGUCAGGUCGACCGGAGGCAGUUGCAUGAGAGCUUUGCCAAUGCAGCGUUGCCGGUGACGCAAACGGCGCUCGAAGAGAUUUGCCAGACAAGUGACAUUCCAACGUUUACUCAGAAAUUGACGCAACUCAUGCAGGAUGCUCAUUGUGUGCAUCUUACGGAGACGGCGUAGACAAUAUUAAAUCGCUUAGGAACUGUAUGUGUGUGUGUGAUUGUGAUUGCGUGUUUCAGUGGCUUAGUGUGCUGUACAUAGAGUGGACUUUUAUGCUUUUCUUUUCUCUCAAAUCGUCCUGUUUUCCGCCCCAUGCAUCAUGAUAUACGCUCUCGCCUGUUCUAUAAUUUUAAGCAUUAUUCAUGUACUGCUAAUAUGUAUGCCAUACUUCGAGCUUGGCCGCCUAAAUGCCUGGCCUCUCCUCUCCUCUAUUGUGUCAUUGCUCAGAUUUUAUGCUCUUAUAUUUAAAGGAAAUGUUUAUUUGAUCUUCCCAUAUGUGUACAUUGUAUGGCGGCCUGCAAGAACUGCAACAAUGCCUGGAACGCCUGCUAUUUCGUAUUUUGAAGUACAUAUACUAUUUUAUUUUAUUUGAUUUUUUUUUUACAAUAUCUGUGGUCAAAGGGCGCAACACGGCUGUGUUGUGCUCACGAAAUUUGUUUAUGUAUGUGAAAGUCUGCCAAAAUUCAUUUCAAUUUAUAAAAGACAAUGCUAGUUUUUAAUUUUUAAAAUAAUUCCGAGGAUUAGAAUAAAUGCAAUUAAAUGUGUACUAUUUUAAAUACAUAAUUAUAAAUAUAUAUAUACUAGUGAUAUGCGUCAGUUCUGGUUUUUGUUUAAAUGCAAUUCAA